GACUACUUCAACACUUCAUCAACCAUUGCCAUCAAGAUACAAACACAUCCAACAUCCACUAUGUCAUCAGAUCCAAGAAUCUCAAAAUCUGAAGCCUUCCAAAUAAACCAGGCUGCCGUUACUCAGAAUUUCAAGCCAAGGAUUGACUAUCGAACCGUCUCAGCUGUCAAUGGGCCUUUGGUCGUUCUAGACAACGUGCACUUUCCUUCUUAUAAUGAGAUUGUCAUGCUCACUCUUCCCGAUGGAACUCAACGUGGUGGUCAAGUCUUAGAAGUAAACGGAAAGAAAGCAAUUGUUCAGGUCUUUGAAGGAACCUCUGGCAUCGACGUCAAAGCGACCCAUGUUGAGUUCAGUGGAUCGAGUAUGAAGCUUCCGGUUAGCGAGGAUAUGCUGGGUAGGAUUUUCAAUGGAUCUGGUCAACCCAUCGAUAAGGGGCCAAAGGUCUUUGCGGAAGAUUACUUGGACAUCAACGGUUCACCAAUCAACCCAUACUCACGAAUCUAUCCAGAGGAAAUGAUUCAGACAGGUAUCUCGACUAUCGACGCCAUGAACUCCAUUGCAAGAGGUCAAAAGAUUCCGAUCUUCUCUGCGGCCGGGUUACCCCACAACGAAAUCGCAGCUCAGAUCUGUCGACAGGCAGGUCUUGUCAACAAAGGUGGCGUGAACCCUGGCCAAGGCAAGCCUACCAAAUCAGUACACGAUGAUCACGAAGACAAUUUCUCGAUAGUCUUUGCUGCUAUGGGUGUCAACAUGGAAACUGCCCGGUUCUUCAGGCAAGACUUUGAAGAGAACGGAUCUCUUGACCGGGUCACGUUGUUCCUUAACUUGGCUAAUGAUCCUACGAUCGAGCGUAUCAUCACUCCUCGACUAGCUCUCACAACCGCUGAAUAUUUCGCCUAUCAGCUUGAGAAACACGUUCUGGUCAUCUUGACUGACAUGUCAUCAUAUGCCGAUGCUUUACGAGAAGUUUCGGCUGCUCGUGAAGAAGUGCCAGGUCGAAGAGGGUACCCAGGUUACAUGUACACAGAUCUGUCCACUAUCUAUGAACGAGCAGGUCGAGUCGAGGGCCGAAAUGGAAGUAUCACACAAAUCCCCAUCUUGACUAUGCCUAACGAUGAUAUUACACAUCCCAUUCCUGAUCUCACAGGAUACAUUACCGAAGGACAAAUCUUUGUCGACAGACAGCUGCACAACAAACAGAUCUACCCACCCAUCAACGUCCUACCUUCACUAUCCCGAUUAAUGAAGUCAGCUGUUGGAGAGGGACUUACUCGAAAGGACCACUCGGAUGUCUCGAAUCAACUGUACGCCAAAUACGCUAUUGGAAAGGAUGCAGCUUCCAUGAAAGCUGUCGUAGGAGAAGAAGCUUUGUCAUCGGAAGAGAAGCUUGCCCUUGAGUUCUUGGAAAAAUUCGAAAGCACGUUUGUGAACCAAGGCCACAAUGAAAACCGGACGAUCUUCGACUCCUUGGAUCUUGCCUGGUCUCUCUUGCGCAUUUUCCCUAGAGAACAACUCAAUCGUAUCCCACAGAAGAUUCUGGAUGAAUGGUAUUCUCGUCGCCCCACAGCCCCGCAAGCUGAAGCUAAAAAGAACGACAAAAGUAAAACAAAUGGGGAGGCGAAUUUGAUUGACUGAAAGUUAUCUUACAAUCGAUUUCGUCUCUACUUUCGCGAUGUAGCUGAUAUCGUCAGUCUUGAUCAAAGCUACCUACUCUUGUUAGCUCACCAUAGAUCAUGAAACUUUCUUUUUCCAGUUGGUUCACACUAUCUUUGAUUUCAAUUCCUCAUGUCUUUAGUAUCUCAAUCUAUCACUUGCUCCCAUGUGCCCUAUCUCUAUCAUGGGUACAUUUUUAUGUCUUUUGCUGUUAUUCUUUUUUCUACUUCUGCAUAUAUAUAAUGUAAUCCUUUUGAUCUCUUUUGAGCGUAUGACUAAGUAGAUGGACUUCAAACUAAGAAAAAGACAGCUAAACACAGACUAUAUAUAUAUUCUUUUGCUGAGAGACGAUUAUACUUGUCUGUUCUCUUUUCUAUUUCACAUUUUUCCGUAUUGUCAGAUUGAUGAAUUCGAACCCUCCAUCUCUUUGAAUAAAACAACCGUCAGAUCUAUGAUGCAAAUAUAUUAUUCAGAAUUCUUAAGC